AUGACGACACGGUAUCGCGUCGAAUGUCUACUCGCCGUCCCGUUCGUCCUCUAUUCUGAGCCGACGGGCGUAUUCGGCGGCAGCGUAGAAGAUGAGCACAGGAGCAUGGCCGAAGAGGCUCACAGGCGGUAUGCCGAGAUAAUGCGAGAUGUUGAAUUGAUGAUAGAUGACGAUAUCUCCAAGCAAGAUCAUCACACAGCCUUCCCCUCCAAACUACGCAUGCUGGUACCGACGGCGGGGCCAUUCUUCACACGUCUACCACUCGAGGCGGCAUUCAAGUACCAGGAUCGGAAGAGGUACAUGUCGUCCAGACGAUACGUGGCGCCGUCCUUCAACGACGUGAGACAGAUCCUCAACUCGGCGCAGGUCAUGGCCGUCACCGGGGGUGCUCUGCAGCUGGCCACGUUUGACGGUGACGUCACGCUGUAUGAUGACGGGCUGUGUCUGGAACCGGACAGUCCUGUCGUUCCUAGACUCUUAGACCUCCUACGUAAAAACAUCAAGAUCGGCAUCGUCACAGCGGCAGGAUACACCACGGCAGACAGGUACUACGAGAGGCUCCACGGCCUCCUGGACGCCAUAGCCGACGCCACGGACCUCGACCCCGUCCAGAAGAGCAGCAUCGUCAUCAUGGGCGGCGAGGACAACUACCUGUUCGAGUUCUCGCCCAGCUCCCCCCACCGGCUGAGCCCGGUGCCGCGCGACCGCUGGCUGACGCCGGACAUGGCGGCCUGGUCCGAGUCGGACAUCUCCUCGCUCCUCGACGUGGCCGAGUCCGCGCUGCGCGACUGCGUGCGCAACAUGAACCUCCCCGCCACCAUCGUCCGCAAGGAUAGAGCGGUGGGCAUCGUCCCCACCGAUCCGGGCGUGCGUAUCGCCCGCGAGAGUUUGGAGGAGACGGUCCUCGUCGUCCAGCGUAUCCUAGAGGUCAGCACCGCCUCUGCCUCUGUAUCUGCAUCUGCAUCUGCAUCGGCUGCGAGCAAACACAGCCGUAGCGUAUCCGUCGCCUCGACUUCUCGUCCCCGUCAGAAGAUCCCCUUCUGCGCCUUCAACGGAGGGAGGGACGUGUUCGUCGACAUUGGCGACAAGAGCUGGGGCGUCGCAGUCUGUCAGCAGUGGUUCGGCAGCGGUGCCGGCGGUGGCACGGGCACGAGCACCAUCAGCGGUCAGAAUACCCUCCAUGUUGGUGACCAGUUCCUCAGCGCUGGGUCCAACGACUUCAAGGCUAGGAGCGUGGGUACUACCGCUUGGAUCGCCAGUCCUGCCGAGACGGUGGAUCUGCUCGAUGAGUUAGCGGAUCUGAUGCAGAAGAAGCUGUCUUGA